UCAAGUUUUUUCCAGAAAGUUACCAACGAUGUCAGCUGCUAUGGACAAAGCGUUGAUGGCUAUGUCAUUAGAGGAGGUUGAAGAGCCCUUUGAUAUGCCAGACCUUCCAGAAUACUGCUCAAGUGGAGAAAAUGGAUUAAGUUUGGUUGGAAGAUUGUUGAAUCCUGAUUGUCAAAAGAUGGCUAACUUAAUCCUCGAUAUGCCACGGAAAUGGCAAAAAUAUGACAAGGUAACAGGGGUGGCUCUUACGAAGGAGAAAUUUCAGUUCUUUUUCAAAGAAGAACAUGACCUAAUUGAGAUUCUUGAGAAAGGUGUUCAUACCUAUAACGAUUGGGCCUUAGCUAUGGAAAGAUGGGUUGCUAAACCCCCUGAAGAUUAUCUCCAGUUCAUCCCACUUUGGGUUCAGAUCCGUCAUAUUCCGAUGAAUCAUCGUACUGUUCGUGCCAUUACGGCUCUUGGAGAAUUCGUCGGUCGUGUUGUUGAAGUUGUUUUUGAUCCUGCUAAGGCUCAAAGUCAGGAUUUUGUGUGAGUCAAAGUCUCUUUCAAUGUGUCUAGACCGCUGAGAACUUUUAAGGAGGUUAAUUUGCCUGAUGGAGGAAAGGAAACUGUUCUUUACUCUUAUGAACGCCUUCAGAAAAGAUGCUACACUUGUCAAAGAUUAACCCAUGAACAAAGUGUUUGUCCUCUUCUCAUCAAAAGGAGACAACUUGAUGCUGCAAAUAGAAGGUCCAAUGUUCUCUCGGAUAAAUCAAAAUCUGCUGUUUUUAAGGAGAAUGACCCACUCUUUGGAGUUAUAUCAGAAGGUCAAGUUGGGAUUCACCCUAUUACAGGUAAACCAAAGAUUGCAGCAGAAGUUCUUGAAGGUAUGAGACAAUACUUAAUGGUUGUGAAUCCAGAUGAAAGGAAGAUUAGGGAAGAGAGAAUCAAAUCAUCUUUGAAAGAGGUUGAAAAAGAUCCAAUAGCUAAAAAAACUGUUCUGCGUUUAGAACCGCCACCGUUAGUCUCAUAUGAUAUCAACAAAGGAAAGGGG